CGUGGUCACAUCGGUACUGGAAGUUACUCCAGCGAAACCACACCUGUUUACGUAACUGCAGGAUUAAGCCUACCUGUUAAUGCCCAUGACACAACAAGGCUUGACAGGUUAUAGAGGAGUGGUAGUGGAUUCGUCGCAUGACUCUUAGCAGUUUGUCACUUGUCAGUACUUGAAGAUGGCGGGGAUUAAAGGUGAGUACCAAUAAUAAUAGAAAUUAUAAAUGAAAAUGAAUCUUAAUUUGUUGUUGCUAGCAAUAAGAAGAGUUGAAUUUAAGCGAACGAGCGGAAAAUCCGUGAUCUGGUUACUUGCUUAUUACGUAAAGUGUAAGUCAGACAUAACAUACCUGUGAUCCUUCCGUACGUGCUGGUGAAAUUGAAGAUAAGUAUCAGAAUGAGCUGAUCAUUACGUGACAAUAAUUUAAGUUUGAUGCUAGUCGAGUCUACAGAACUAUUAAAUUUUCAAAUCUUCGUGAAAAGUGUGUUCAUCAUGUGGGUUAGUGUUUAAUUCAUUUGUUGUUGUUUAUCUCCAUUUGUAAUGACGUUUUACCUAAUACAGUGCUUUUAUGUUUUCUUUUUCACUGCUUAGUUUAAGUGUGACAGUAACUAAUUCGUUUUACUGUUUCAUUGUUUCGUGACGCUGCCAUGGAUACACAGCGUAAGUACUGCCAAUUUUACUAUUGACAUUUUAUAUGCUUGUACUAGUUUUGUUUUGUGUACAAAUUCUUGCCGUUAGUAUUUUGCUGGAAGCAGAUGGUUAAUGUUGCAUUCAGGUUGGUUUCAUUGGCCUUCGCAGGGUCAAUUGGUAUGACCUUGGUUAUUCUAGGAUGCGCUCUGCCGUCCUACAAGAUUUGGUGGCCUUUUUUUGUUGUCCUCUUCUAUAUACUUGCACCCCUACCAACUCUGAUUGCUCGCCGUUACAAUGAAAAUUCUGGAGCCAGCAGUACAAGUGCUUAUGAGCUGGCUAUAUUUGUUACAAUGGGGUUUGUGGUGUCAUCUUUUGCUCUGCCUAUCGUGUUAGCUCGUUCGCCAUCACAUGAUCCAGUUAUUCAGUGGGGUGCUUGUUACCUGACAUUAGCAGGGAAUGUUGUUGUCUAUGCAACUCUAGUUGGGUUUUUCAUGACCUUUGAUGCAGAGGACUCCGACUAUACUAUGUGGUGAUUAUGAAAUCAUAAUUGAUGUUGUUCACAUCCUACAUAUUGUGAUUACUGUGGGCUGUUAUUAUUACUUUCUGACUUUUUUGAUACAUGAUCUUGAAGUAAAUAUCAUGUUAUCUUACGCGAAACACAUUAUUUGGUAAACUUGUGAUAGUAAGGGUGGACAGAACUAUGUUGUGCAGUUGGCACAUGAGAGGGCAGUAUUAUGUGAUGUGAGACAAAGUAUUUCAGUUACUUUAUUUUUCGAUAGGCAGUAUAUUUGUAUCACACUUUUCGUUUAUUUAUCAUCAUUAUGUUUUGGUAAGAUGCUUUUAACCUGAUUUUAUGUAAUAAAUUUUUGUUUUGUAUCUAAUUUGUUCCCUGGUUUUAGUAUCAGUUCCUAAUUUUUUAUUUUUUCUUUCCUUAAACAGAUAAUUUUGCUGUUGGUUUUUAGAUUUGUGUACAUAAAUUUGCACUGCAUGCGGCUGAGGAUGGACACAUUUUUCUGUUUCGAUCAGAAGUUUAUUGAAUAUAGGGACAACAAGAUUCCAUGGACAAAGGUUAAAAUUUUAUAAAUAUAUGAAUAUGAGGGACACUGUUUGUAUGAUAUUUUAAAGUUAAAUCAAUUGAUGUUAGAAUCUCAAUAUACAGCUUUUCUAUGGCUCGAGGACUAUGAAGGUGAGAGUUUCAACUCACAUUUGUAAGUUACUGGAUCAGUGAAAAAGGUUGUAAUGCUUAAAUGAAAAUCAGGAAUUAUAUAAUUAUUUCUUCAGCAACUGUUUCUGUAUGACAUUUGUGUUUCUGAUAUUAGCACAAAAGGCAUUUGUAUUUUUCAUGUGCUGCAGGUGGUUAUUUUAGUGAAACCUGAAGUGAUGACAGAUAACAGUUGCAACUACAUUAUUGUUAAUUUAGUGUGACUGUAGUUGAAUCUCCAGAGUUACUGAUUUCUAAUGUGUAAAUAAAAUUAACUAACUUGUUUAUGUUAACAUAUAAGCAUAAGCUUUAAAAUAUUAGUUAUUACUGUUAGAAUAUAUUGAACAUUUUAUUUUCAGUUGUUAAUAUACUUUAUUUAUUAUUUUUAUAGCAAGAAUAGUUUAGUCAGGCAGAAAUGUUGAGUUUUAUUAGAAAGUGAUUGAGUGCUGUUCAUCAUUUCAAAGUAACUCUGCAUUAUCAGAAACAAUAUUUGCAAUUAACUUUUGUAUGAAAUGCAGUACAUUGACCAUAGCUUGUGCAAACUCUCUGUAUUCGAUUAGGAUAAUUUCCAUUGUAUCAGCACAGCAUGAUUUAACAUUCAGUAAAAUUCUGAAUAGUGCUGUACAAAUGUGUUACAGUGGGUGACAACAUUUGUUUUUCAGAUGUUUUUUUGUUUCACUCUGAUGGGUUAAAAGGUUUAUAAUUUUGACAUUGACAUUGUUACUUAAGCAAGAUUAGCUUCUGUGAUUCAGAGCAAUAAUGCAAUUGUUAAUAUGGAGACAAUCUACAUUGUAACAAUUAAGAGCAUUUUAGCAGUGCAUGAGAGUAAGUUUGAUGAACAUUCUUAUUGCUUAUAAUGGCAUGUUUUCUUGCCUGCAUUUAAUUUGUACUGUGGAGCCAUUUCUUUGUAUGCAACCCAUUUCUGAAAUGUAUCUAUUGCUGCCAUUGUAAAAGAAAAUUAUGAUAUUGUAAUGAGUCAGAAAACAGCUUUUCUUUACUCGUGAGUGCAUAUUAUCAGUAUUAUAGUAGCUUGUAGAGCAUCUGACACAAAUAUUUGAUGCUUCAGACAUCUGUUAUCAUAAUCACUUUUUAUGUUUAUAUUUGAUCUCAAUAAAAAUAACCCUCCUCCUCA